AUGGCAAUCACUAAAUCACUCAAGACGUACGGCAAGAGAUCACCCAGUGCCAAAGCCAAAUCGCCUUCUUCCUCCACCCCUAAACCUAAGCCUAAAGCUGCUCCCAAGCCUAAAGGUGAACCGAAGGUUACGACAAAAGCUAAAUCAAGCAAGAAAGAUAUCUCCCCUACCAAAGAACAUACUCCAGCCGAUAUCCAAAAGGAAGAAGGAGACAUAAACGACGAUGAAAAAGUCAAAAUCCAAAAAAUCAUUUUGGUUUUGAUGGAAAAUAUUAAGAAUGUUGAUUGGUUUGAUAUUGCCAAGAAAGUUGAUCUUGCUUCGAUGACAUCCUCUUCUGGGAUUGGGAAAGGGAAAGCAAGAGGUAAGAAGAUUGGUGGUACUGCUGGAGGUGGAAAGAUGGGUGGAACUGAGCUGAGAGAAUAUUAUCAAAAUACUAUCUUUCUUCUUUUCAAGAAAGGUGAUAUCUCCUCUAUCCCAGAUAUCGAACCCACCAAGAACCACACCAACAAGGAAGAAACAUCUCCCAUGGAGGUUGAUCAGUCCAUGUCGACCAUGCCAGCGGAAGAAGGCGAGCAUGAACAAGCUUCCCUUCUCUCUUCACCCGUACCCUCUAUUCCUUCCGAUGCAGUCGAAGAAGAGGAUAACUUCGAAUUGGAUAACGAAGAAGAAUCUCAAGUUCCCAAAAAAAGAAAAACCCCCACUGCCGUUCCCCCACCUUCUUCACAGAAGAGGAAUGUCAAAAGAGGCAAAAAGGAUGAAGAGAAGGAUAAAGCCAAACCGAAAACCACAACCGCUAGGAAAGGAAGAAAAGAAGUGGUGGUCCAGAUUGGUGGUGUUAAAUCAGGUGAUGAGUAUUUCUCUGAGUCUGAUUAG